AUGAAGUUCUUCUCUGCUACCAUCCUCUCUUUGUUCGUCGCUGUCGUCGCUGCUCAAGACGGCCUUGAUUUCGGUGGUCAAUGCGGGACUUUUGUUGGCACUAAACCCUGCAAGGCGGGUCUGAAAUGCUGCUACAUUGGUCCAGACAAUGGAUUUCUAGGUGCACGUUCGAGGGCAGCAAAACUUUCCAAGGCGAGCCCUGCUUAUUCGAGUCAUAAACACAUUGCUAUGUCCGCGGGUUCGGCGUCCGUUGGGGCACUACGGCUGAAACAUAAAGAACCAACAGCGAAUGAACUCUACCAUGUCCCUAUAAGUACACAAUCACCUUUGUAA